AGCAAGGGGGAUAAACAGUUCGGUUCCUGUUUACAUUGACGAUUAGGAUUUGAUUCUUCAGCAUGGAAACAAAAUUAAAAUUAAAAAAAAAAAUAAUCUAGAGUCUAGAUAUAGAAAAUCAUUGAAUUAAUUUUACAAAAUAAAGACGCCGUAAAGAUGAACCAGUUAUCGAACCUGCUGCAGGAUGCCUUGGUGUCCACGGACCACGUCCACCAGUGUGCCAUUGUCAGACGAAAAGACGGGAAUGUUCGGGCUAGUUCUCUUGGCUUCAACCUUUACCCAGACCAAGUUAGCUUGUUGUUGGGUGCCUUCAAGAACCCGCCACAGACCCGAGAGGAAGGAAUAUAUUUUGAUGAAAAACAGUACAAAUGUGUUCGCGCAGACAAGCAGUCUAUCUAUGCUAAAUGUAACAAACGCGGGCUUGUGCUAGUGAAGACAGUGACGUUGGUGAUCAUUGCCACAUACACAGAGAACAUGUUCCCCAGCGUGUGUGUGGAGGCUGUUGAAAAAUUAGCUGACUAUUUUAAAGAGAAAGGAAAGUGACAUUUUAGAGAUGGACAUAGACGGAUUAUUAAAAAAAAAAAUUAUACACCUUAAAAAAUAAAUGGGUAACUAUUUCUCCUUC